AUGAUUUUAUGGUUGUUUUUGCUGACCAUCUGGGGUAGGGUGGCUGCAGACGACGCUGUCUGCAGUUUGCAGAAAUUCCCUCGAUUCAGUUCGAUGGGCUUGGAUCGAGGAGCCCAAAGGUCUGACCUGCUAGAUCUCCGUGAUGUCCCACCGUUUGCACAAGACACGUGGGAUGGACACUUUCUCAAAUUGGGGUCAAAACAGAAUGUGGUGAAAGCUGUGCAAGGCUUGUGGGCCACACCUGGUGUGGGGUUUAGACAAUGCCCUAAACCGCCACCCAUGCCGAAGAAAAUUCUGCAGAUGCAGGUCAGGUCUGAGCUUGAGGACUUGACGAAGAUUCCAACCUGUUCGCAUGGGCAAGUCUUGAUCGGAAACUUUGUCGCUGACACCUACGAAUUUGCUUGCUGCGAUGCAGGCCAGCAGUGUGGGGGUUGCCGGGUUAUCAAGGAUGGCCUUUGCGAUGAAUGCGCUGCUGGAUACGUUAUGCAAACCAUACCCAUCGUGAACACCUCGAAGUGUUUCAUGUGUGAUGACGUUCCCAAUUGGCACGACAUGCAAGGUCGAACCUGCGGAGACUUGCAACAACUCGGCAUUUGUUCAGGGACUUGGCCCAAGGAGGAUGAAGAUGCGGCCUUUCAGGGAGUGCGGCCGAGUGAAGCAUGUUGCGCAUGUGGAGGAGGGAACAUUUUUCCCACUCCUGUGCACAUGCCUUUGCAAAGCAAGUCCUUGUACUUUGGGCAAAGCAUCGAUGAGACAGCAGACCCCAUAGCUGAAGCCCAGGAGGUGGUACCAGGAUGCGCACUUGCAUCAUCCGGCCUUCAGCUCGCGAAUGAUGGUCGUGUCUCAGGCGUAGUCACUGUUAAGAAUCAAACAGUGAUCAAAUGCUCCACAGUUUCAAUACAAGAUCCAGUACGAGGGAUUGUGACCAGCUUCGAUCUGUCACUGCCGGUCUUCGCAUUCUCCUACGGCGAACAGGUGAUGUACUUCAAGUUUUGGGGCCUGGACGACAGGCCAUCGGACAAGACAAUCUCUCCUCAGUCUAAGGACCUGACCAAGCUGAAGGAUUUCCAGCUUCAGUGCGACCCUACGUGCCCAUGGCUCUUGAUCACAAACACAGGGAAGCUUCAGUGGAAUCCCACCACAAACGAGAGCCAGACAGGGUUCCCUGAAGAUUUGACGUCUGGAGUGACCACGUUGUCUGGAAUGCCCUCGUGCAGCUGCCAGGUGUUGGCAAAACUGGGAUCCAAAUCAGUAUCAACCCAAUUUUUGGUGUCACAAGCGCGCCUUUGGAAGGGAGCGGUGUGGGAGAUGCCGAAAGUCGUGGCCCGUAUUGCUGCGGACAUUUCAGAAGUGCUUCUACUAGAAGACUUAGGACCUGGCUUGCAGUGGUACAAUCGUUCUGGACACAGUUUGCAACUUCCUGUGGUCCAAAACAUUUCGACAGGAGAGACCAUCAUCGUGUCCGAGUCAAUCCCUCCAAGCAUUUUGGAUGUGGAUUGCCGAGACGAUCAAGGAAAGAGCAUGACGUGGUCUCGAGUUAGUGGGGAGGUCAUCCUGGGAGGCGAAGUGGCUUUCCGACUGGAUCCAGACACGGGAGGCGUCUCUGGAACUCCUCUCCUAAGUUUGUCGUCUUCCCAGGGCAGAGCCGCAGUGACAAUCACCUGCAAAGUGGCACUUGGAGGCCAAAUCUAUGACAAGGAGCUGCCGGUGGCAAUCCUCAACGUCCAGGUGUUGAAUGAUGUUUGCUGGGUUCCUAGAGAAAUUUCGGGGUCAUUCCGUUGGACGACGCUGAAGAAUAUUUCUUUAAGCGCGUGCAAGCAAGAGUGCCGUCGCCGAGAUGAUUGCGCUGCUGUGCACCACAAUGAAAGCGGGACGUGCAACAUCAUGGUGAGUGAUGGCGAUGAGAGCUUGGUGGACGCUCCGGUGCAGGUGCGUUUCAACAACUGUUCAGAACAGGAUGCCAGCCUCAACCUGACUGUCCCUGGAGCACAGUACUUGACAGGGGAGUUUUCGGUGAUGAACAUGUUUCAUGACAGAGCAUCAUAUUCUCGCCCGGGAUCAAAUCCAGAACGGCAGCUUUUGUUGAGUCGAAGGGAGAAUGUAGAGCAGGUCCCUGAGGCUUGUGCCAAGUCGACGUGGUUGCUUCUGCAUACCAAUUAUUCCGACUUCGAGGACGCAGAGUCCAGCAAAGCUCCUGAGUUCUUCGGGGACCCCGUGGCUUGCAUAGAGCCGGACGUGGUUGGCAAAGCUUUCAAAAACGGCCAAGAGAUCAUUGAAUUGCAACUACUCCCAGCAGAGCUUGAUACACCAGCUGAUGCCGUUCAAAAUGGGAGCUUGUCUUUGGCGAUGCCAUCAUGCUCAAAGCCAACGGAAGACUUGCUUUUUGGAACCGUCAGCGUCCCCGACUAUUAUUCACUACACCCCUGCGAAUGCUUCGGGGAAACUCAUGCACACGUUGAGCCAGUAGAUGCUGAAUCCAAUGCAGCUGUACCCCGCAAAGCAGACGGCAAGUUCAAUGUUGGCUUGGUUCCCGACCAGCGGUUGUUCUCCGGGCCAUAUACCUGUGAGGAGAGUGCCUCUUUGGGUGAUCUAUUUCACAUUGACUUGGAAAGAUGCCAGCGAGCCUGCGCCUCCAAAGCACAAUGCGGGUUCUAUUUGUUUGGAAAGGCCUCCGAGAGAUGCACCCUGUUCCAAAGGUGCAACUACAUACAAGACGUUGGCUUACAAAUUGAGAACGAGUUGUAUGGAAUGGCUCCGAGUGGUAACUCUACUUAUUGUCACAUCGCAAAUCCGGAGAGAUGCUGGGAAGAGAUCAAGCGUCGAAGCAUGCUCAGCGUGGAACCAUCAGAAAUUCCGCCGUGCCUGUUCCAUCACCAGGCUGAUGCUUGCGAUGCUUUGCAACUUCUUCUCGGAAAGCAAGAUGGUUCUUGCGCACGCUGCCGAUACAUGGAAGCUUCAACCUCAUUUGCCGAAUCGGGCCUCAGAAAAGUUCCGCUUCCCGAGUCGUUCUCUCCGGCUUCGCAGAUAUCAGCCAGUUGCAAUGAUACGUCUAGGUUGUUUGCCAAGAUUCGGGGUGGCGUUCAAUGGGAAGGCCCUCGGCAAAAUGCGACCUUCACUUGUGUCAGUGGUAAGUGGAUUGGUGAGCUUGGUUCCUGGCAAUAUAUGUCCAACUUCACGUGCCAAAGAUGUGUUCAAAUUGGAGACGCGAGCCUUCAGCGCCUGUCCUUGGUCUCCAUGCCUGAGGUGUACUUCUUGCAGAAACGGACGGUGCAUGUCACCUAUCCUUUUCAGACCGAUGGCUGUGCUCGAGCUGGCCAGCUCACAAUGGGCAAUCUCUUAAGAGCAAACUCCAGCCUGGGCUUGUACGUAAAGAAAGAGGACGCCGCGCUCGAUGUGGAGAUCACGAACUGGGGGGUUAAUUAUGGUUCUUACUUUUGGCUUGCCAGUUCUUCCAACCGGCUCCGCGUGAGCAUGGUCACUUGGGACUUUGAUCCUCCCAAGGGCACUUUGGUGGACAGUCCUGGGAACUGGUGCGUUUGCGACCAGCCUGUUCUCUCUGUGUGCCAGUGCGAUGAGCCUCAUGAAGGGAGCUUCGUGGUCAUGCAAAAUGGUUUGCUCCGAGGAUCCUCUGACCAGUGCGUUCACGUUGGCGCUGACAAGAAAUUGGGUUUGAUGCCUUGUCCAACGACCCGCGAUGAGAAGUUUCUUUGGCACUUCCAGAUUGGCAAUUGCUAUUUCAUCUUUGAAAUGGUCGACACGGCGGAGAAGCUUUGGACUGCCACGGCUGGAGAUUGGUGGGAACGUAAGCCCCUGAUACUGGGGAAUUUGGCUUUCGAAGAUAAAAGCUCAGAUGGAGGCCAAUUUCGGAUGUACGUGGAACAGGUUGGCAUUCCCAAUCAACUUUGCCUUGGUGCGCCUUGGGAUGAAACUAUGAGAGCCACAUCAGACUGCCGCUCAACCUUUCUGUGGAGAGGAGCCCAUUUGGUCUACUUUGAUCUUGGGGACACAAGCACCACAUACUACAUGCAGGCCGUGGGGAAUCUGUUGAAGCGCGCCAGGUCGACCACUCCUGAUGAUGACAGUUACAAGUUCAAUUUUGUCUCUGGCAAGAUCAUACCAUUCUCCAACAGCAAACUGUGCCUGAAAUUAGUCGGCCAGACGAGUGUCGAGUUCAGUCAGGAUUGCUGGCACGGCGCCUAUGGGAUUCGCUGGAAGGAAGACAAAGUUGUUCCUGCAGAACAUCAAUGGGGACAAUGGACAGAACUUGGCAGCUGUGAAGCCUCCAUCUCGGUGGUCAUGCAGCAGGACUCGAAUCCCAAUGCAGAGGCCCAGCUACUCAACUUCACCAUCGCAGACCUGGAGUCUUUAUCUAGCAAGGAAAAGGAGGCCUACAAGUAUUCCCCCGGGAUCCAUGUCUCCAUCCAGGACGCGAACAAGACCCUAUUCACUUGUUUGCCAGGUCAUGCAGAGGGACCUGUUGUGGAUGGAAAGUGCGCAACCUCGUGCGCCGACAAUGCCCCUGUGAAGAUUGAAGAUUUAUUCCAGGCGACAAGUUGGUUCAAAGACCAAGCCCAGACAGUAUUCAUCGAAAAAAGUUGCCCUGUCCUGAUGAAACCAUCAGCCACAGUGGACCCAAGCCUGGCCAAGAACACGGUUGACAAGGGCAUGACAAUGCAGCAGCUGACCGAUAUUCUUCGCUUGGCCUAUCACACCACACCUUUUGGUGACCCACAAGCGGCUCCCUUCAAUUUCUCAGCUGCAAGUGCAACAUUCGCCGAGACAGUGGGAUUCCUUAGCUUGCAGCCCGGUGGAGCACCGUGGGGCUUGAGAUGCCCACAAGGGGCCGUGGUCGCCUCCGAGGGCUCGACCAUGCCAUACUGCCGUUUCGUUGACGCAUUUGAUGAAAAGGUGUUCUUUUCGUUCUCUGGGUCAAUGAGUUGCCCCGAUGGCAGCGCUGUCAGCGGCUGGUACAAUCUACCUGGCAUCCCGGUGACAGCCGGCAAGUAUGGUGGCCCAAUCGCUGCUACAGGAGUGAGACUCUUUUGCCGUUCAACGGCCUUGUUGUCAUCGUGUCAGCCCCCAACAACGCCUUACUGUCAAGGGGGUGGAGUUGUUGCGAGCAUCUCCUUUGACUCCAACCAGUUCAAGCUCGGCUGCUGCAAGUUGCAGAGGCGCCUCGGCCUGACAUUGCUUUUUCCGUCACAGAGGGUUGUGGGCCCACCGAACCCCGGCUUUGAUGAGAUGGCUGCUGGGUACUACUGCCCCACCAGUGUGGACAUCACUGGCGCGCCAACUUACGAAAUGACAUCAAUUCCAAGACUCGGCGGCCCUGGCCAUUUUGAUAACACCUUGAGAUGGAAUCGCUUCAAGAAAAGCUGGGAUCUCAUUUGCAGGACUUGGAAGAAAAACUUCUCUUUGCCCGGAGAAGACGAGUCACCUGUGGCGGCGAACGCUUCAGGUGCAAACUUUUCAGUUUCCUUCAUCGAGCCGUUGACUGCCGCCUACUUGACUAUUCCAGACAUGUCAGGUUGGUAUGGAGCAGAUCUGGCGAGUUUAGCGGAAGCGUCUUCGAAAGAUUGCCUUCCACUUCAAUUUGGCCUGUCGAAAGUGAUGUGUGAUCUCUUCUGCAUCGACGAUGCUGUUCGCACUGGAACUUCGACGGUUUUGAGCACCUUGAAAGAGUCGCAUGAUGUGCUGAUGACAAACAUCCAAGCGCUUGUGGACUACCAGACUCAAUAUUUGCUAUGGGCUAUCGGCACGGUACUCGAUCCCCAGAAAGUUUCGCUCGAAACCCACGAUAUCCUUUCAGUGCCAGCUUUGUUGGAAGAGUUGCGGCAAUUCCCGAACCAAGAAGAUCCCCUCACUUUAGACCGGGAGGUUUUGGAUUGGCACAGAGCCACUGGAAGCGACUUGAUUUCUCGAAUCACGGCGAUGUCGGUGAAUGUUUCUGUAGCCAAUUGGCCUCACCGGGCGAGAUCUAUAAAAGGCAUGCUGCAUCACUAUCGCACAAGUUUUAAACAAAGAGCUUGGUGGACGCAAUCGCGAAGCGUCAUCGGUCGCCCAGAAACACAUCCAGGGCAAAUUGCAUUUUUUGAGUCAUCAAGCUAG